UCUCAGCAAAAGUGGCAUUAAGCUAACCACCUUCACUGCGUGACACAAACAACUUUCUACUUAUUAUAAUUUUUUAUUCGUGUUGGACAAACUCUUCGUCAAAGGUUGACUUUGAGGUAAAAGUCGCUGUGAAUCUCCUGGUGUGCUCGGUAAGACCGUUUAAACGAUAUUUUUGCCACUUGUAAAGUUAAGCUAGCAUUCUAGAUAGUUGACGCAAGUGACAGCGGAACCUGCUUAGCAAAAGUCGCCAUUUUUGUUAUUCCUCCUAUUUAAGGCGAGUUUUCUGUGUUGGGGCCACAAAGGAGCAUUGUGUCCUCACACCCAGUGUUGGGUUAAUUCUUCCGGCAACUUUUCCUCGGUGUGUACGGUCGUGGCUCGUCGCCAGUCGUCUGUCCAUCGAUGAAGAUGUCAUUGGUUCAACGCGUCUUCCUCUCGUGGAUCUUCAGCCUCAUCUUCCUCAUCAUGCUGGUCCUCAAACUGGACUCCAAGAUCCACUGGAACUGGUUCCUCAUCUUUCUCCCCGUCUGGACAUUCGACACCAUCCUCAUCCUCAUGCUUCUGGUCAAGCUGGCCGGCCGCUGUAAACCAGACUUCGAGCCGCGGGAGGGCGAGCAGAGCCUGGCCAGGAAGCUGUGGUACCUGGCGGCCUUGUUGCUCAAGUUGGCCUUUUGUGUCAGCCUCUGCUCUCGCCUGGAGAGGCUCACAGACGUGUGGCUAAGUGUGGUGUGUGUUCCCCUGUGGGUACUGCUGGGUGGGGCGCUGAUUGAGCUGGGACACAGCAUCUUCCACCACAGGAGGGACUGAACCUUUGGAUGCCGCCGGUGGAGAUUUUUAACUAUAUAUUUUAGGAAGACCAUUGUGGAGCUCAUCUGUGGACCUAACACUUCAUCUGAACUGAUAAGCAUGAGGACCUACUCACUCUACAUAAACACUUCAGUCAUUAUGGUUAUAUGAUUCACCUUAGUAUUUUCUAUUGUGUAUAUACCUGUAUUACAAUCACAGUGGGUGUGGGUGACACACUAAGCACUUUGCAUUGGACUGACAAUUGACGUCUUCCCCUCACAAAAUACACACCAAUUCUUUGGUAUAGAGUCGCAUUAAAGUAACACUGAAAACAAAAACAAUGCUAGAAGAUUAUAAAGUCAAGGAGUCGUAAGAAUUAAGCAGUACUUACCCAAAUAGUCGACAUAUUACACAAAUGUAUUUUAUGAGAAAUGUUGUAAUUUCAGGAGACUAAUGUUAAAAUAUCACAAUGACAGUGCUGUCAUUUUGCAAAAGAAAAGUUGUAAUGCUACUAGACCUAAAUCAUAAUCCCAAUUUAAUUCUCCUAUUAUUCUCUAACAAAAUAGUAAUACACUACUAAUGUAUAUUAUGACUUUAAUAUUGUAUAUCAAAGAAUAUUGGGAGAAUAAGGAUGUAAUUUGUGAUUUUUUUUCUGGAAAAAGACAAUUUUUCAGGAAAAAAAAGCACAAAUGUUAAUUUAAUCUUUUCUUUGUAAAUACUUAAUCCUCAUUACAGCCUUAUUUUCAUAUUAUGUCUUUGUAAUAUAUUUUGAAAAUAAAGCAGUAGUUUUACAAGUUUUCACAAAAAAUAUAUAAAUUAAUAAUUUAAUGUGCACUUGUUAUACCACAACUUUAUUCUCCAAUUCUUUAUUCUUCAAAAUAUGAGACUGACAAUUGUGACUUUAUUCCCAUAUUUGUCAAAUUCUGAUCAUGUAUAGCAAUUUGAUUUUUAAAAUGUUUUAUAAACUUUAUUUUCAUAAUAUUUGCACUUUAGUUUUAACAUUGACUUGUUUUUUAAUGUAUUUGUGUAAGUUAUUCUCGUAAAUUCAUGACUUUCAUUAAUGAAUUACUCAUGAGAAUGAUUCUGUUUAUAUUACUUUUUUUAUGUUAUGGCUUUUUUCACCCAGUCCAGGGUGUACCCCACCUCUCGCCCAAAGUCAGCUGGGAUAGGCUCCAGCAUACCCUCGCGACCAUAGUGAGGAUUAAGCGGCAUAGAAAAUGAAUCUCUUACUACUUUUAUUCUUAUAACGUUACAAUUUUUUUCCGCUAUAAUUCUCAAUCUCGUUACUCUUAAAACUUUUUUUUCCAUACUGCAACUUUUUCUUUUAACAUUUAAACUUUUACUUGAACUUUUUUCAUUAUCUCUUCCCCGCAUGAUUUUUUAUUAUAUUUUGUUUAUGUGUGGCCUGAAUAUUGUAUUAAAGUCUCCCGUUGUCUCAUGUUAAAUGCAGGUUAGUGACAUAGUAAAGUGUGUCCUAUGUAACAGUGAAGACAGGUGGCUGCUGGACUUCAUGUAGCUGGUUCACUUUCAGCAUGACACUUGAAUGCAGCACACUGCUUGCUGAUGUGUUCGCUGACACCUGUGCCUUACAGAGGAUCUAAAUUUUAUUUUUACAUUAAACAAAGCUUGAGCUGUCUUACAUUGUCGUGUCUGCACUGUGAGCCAACACAUUUGUCAAUUUAUUUUUAAUUUAAACAUGUUAUUGUUCUAUUUGUGGGCACUUAUGUUGUUGCUGUGUAUUCCAAUGCAAGAAUACUGCAUCAUACCAAUCUUUCUCGUAGUGUUAGUUAGCUAUAUAAGUAGGCAAAAUACAAGUAUUAGGAACAGCGUUCGGUAUGAUGCAGUGCAGUUGUACAUCACAACAAAUUACAAUUAUAAGUUACAGAAUUAAGGAAAAAUUAUUAAAUAUUGACAGCAAAAAAAAUACAUUUUUGAACCAUUUAUUGAGGUUCCGAUCAAGAGUAUAAAUCACACUACCAAGUUUUAGCUUAGGAAAUAAAAUGUAUUUACAACAAAAUUUAUCCACAUACAUUGUCGGCCUCAAAUAAAAACAAGACAGUAAAUGAUAUAAAUAAGUUCUAUGGAAAAUAAAACUUGUUUUACAAAAAAAUAUAUGCAAUUUCUGUAUACAUUUCCUCACAUUGGUGCUAAUAACAUCUCUUUAUGCUGUACAGUUUUGGUACAUACAGUAUCAUUUACAGCUCCGUCUGAAAACAAUGUGGUUUUGGAGUGUUUGCAACAUAAAGAUGAUUUAGUAGAAGAUUGG